AGUGCGAGGGAGCCGGACUCUCCGGGAGCCUAGGGGGGCGGGGGGAGCUGCGCCGCGGGCGCCGCCGCCUCCGCCGCCUGGGACGCAGGGGUGGGGGACGGACGAGCCCCGAUGCCGGGGGAGACGGAGGAGCCGCGAUCCCCGCAGCAGCAGGACCAGGAAGGGGGCCAGGCAGCGGCGGCCGACGCGGCUUCGGACGAGCCCCGGCCCGGCGUGGCGGCGGCGACGGCGGCGGCGGCGCCUGCAGGGACCGCGAGCAGCCGCGUUCUGAGGGGAGGUCGGGACCGCGGCCGGGCCGCUGCGGCCGCCGCCGCCGCCGCUGUGUCCCGCCGGAGGAAGGCCGAGUAUCCCCGCCGGCGGAGGAGCAGCCCCAGCAACAGGCCUCCCGACGCCCCGGGGCAGCAGCUCGCGGCCGCGAAGCCCCCGUCUCCUGCUCAGGGCAAGAAGAGUCCGCGACUCCAGUGCAUAGAAAAAAUAGCAAUUGAUAAAGAUCCCAAGGAAGAGAAAGAAGAUGAUUCUAUCCUCCCUCAGGAAGUUUCCAUUUCUGCAACUAGGCCUAGCCGAGGCUGGCGUAGUAGUAGCAGGACAUCUAUUUCUCGCCUUCGAGACACUGAGAAUACUCGGAGCUCUAGGUCCAAGACUAGUUCGUUGCAACUCGUCUGCAAGUCAGAGCCAAUUACAGAUCAACUUGAAUAUGAAGUUCGAGAAGAACCUCUGUCUCCCGGUGGCAUUAGUAGUGAUGAGGAAGAGGAGGAGGAAGAGAUGUUAAUCAGUGAAGAGGAAAUACCAUUCAAAGAUGACCCAAGAGAUGAGACCUACAAGCCCCAUCUUGAAAGGGAAACCCCAAAACCACGGAGAAAAUCAGGGAAGGUGAAAGAAGAAAAAGAAAAGCAAGAAAUAAAAGUGGAAGUAGAAGUAGAGGUGAAAGAAGAGGAGAAUGAAAUCAGGGAAGAUGAAGAGCCUCCUAGGAAGAGAGGGAGAAGGAGAAAAGAUGACAAAAGUCCACGGUUACCCAAAAGGAGAAAAAAACCUCCAAUCCAAUAUGUCCGUUGUGAGAUGGAAGGAUGUGGGACUGUUCUGGCUCACCCUCGCUAUUUGCAGCACCACAUUAAGUACCAGCAUUUGCUGAAAAAAAAAUAUGUAUGUCCCCAUCCUUCCUGUGGACGACUCUUCAGGCUCCAGAAACAACUUCUGCGACAUGCCAAACAUCAUACAGAUCAGAGGGAUUAUAUCUGUGAAUAUUGUGCUCGGGCCUUCAAGAGUUCCCACAAUCUGGCAGUACACCGAAUGAUUCACACGGGCGAGAAGCCAUUACAAUGUGAGAUCUGUGGAUUUACUUGUCGACAAAAGGCAUCCCUUAAUUGGCACAUGAAGAAGCAUGACGCAGACUCCUUCUACCAAUUUUCUUGCAAUAUCUGUGGCAAAAAAUUUGAGAAGAAGGACAGCGUAGUGGCACACAAAGCAAAAAGCCACCCUGAGGUGCUGAUUGCAGAAGCUCUGGCAGCCAAUGCAGGCGCCCUCAUCACCAGCACAGAUAUCUUGGGCACUAAUCCAGAGCCCCUGACACAACCUGCAGAUGCACAGGGGCUUCCUCUCCUUCCUGAGCCCUUGGGAAACUCAACAUCUGGAGAGUGCCUACUGCUAGAAGCUGAAGGGAUGUCAAAGUCAUACUGCAGUGGGACAGAACGGGUGAGCCUUAUGGCUGACGGGAAGAUCUUUGUGGGAAGCGGCAGCAGUGGGGGCACUGAAGGGCUGGUCAUGAACUCGGAUAUACUCGGUGCUACCACAGAGGUUCUGAUUGAAGAUUCAGACUCUACUGGACCUUAGUGCAAAGGAAGACUUUGGGCACUGGGACAGUGCAGACUUUGUAUUUAAAAGACAAAAAAGGACAAAAAAAAAAUUUAAAGCAUUUAAAAUCUAGUAAAAUAACUGAAGGGCCUGCUCUUUGCAUUGUGGAUCACAGCACACACACACACACAACUCACACAGAGAGAGACUUUGUCUCAUCCCUCCCUCCCUUUCGCCCCCUCUCCUGAAUUUCCCUCCCUUAUCCUUAAAAUAUUGAUGUUGCCUUUACCAGAAAGGUCAUUGAAAAAGCAGCAGUGUACUUGGUUCCAGCCAGCAGCUGAUUUCCUGCUCAUCGGCAAAUCUCCUUUUCCCAACCUAUAACUGAUGUGCUCUGGAUCAGCUUUUAACUCAUAGUAGUAUAUUACUAUCAUCUAAAUCUUUUCUCCUCUACUGCUGCCCUAUAGCUCUGGCUUCUCCCCACUGCAACAACCAACACUUAUCCUCAAAUAAUAUAUAAUUCUAUUUUCUGGAGGCUGGCAGCUUGACUUGGCACUUUAGAGCCCCUCAGCAGGAUGCUGUUAAAACAGCACACAUCUCACCCCUCUUCCAUUACUCACUGGGUUUGGGGAAGGAAGGAUACAUGGGGACCACCUCCCUCCCCUUCAGUGGAUCCCAGCACCUCAGUCCCCCCUCCUAAACCUCCAUAUGGCUCUUAAUGGUGCUCAAUUGCUUGGAAGCAGGCUCCCAAGAAAGAGGGGACUGCCCUAUGUACAGUCUUUCUGACUGUAAGACAGGGCUCUAUGUCAGUGAGAAAAGUCCCAGGCUAAUGGCAGAAAUUUGCACUUUGAACAUGUGUGUUUUUGUGUUGUGGAACCUGAGAUUCCUUAUUUAUUAAUGGAAAGUCUGAUUUCUUUGGGGGGGAGGGUCUUUGUUGCUAUGUUUUGUGGGGCUGGGAGAGUAGAUUAUUCUGACAUGGGAUCCUUCCUAUAAGAGGUACUUUGAAGGCAAGGCUUAGAGUUAAAGAAGCACAGCCAGCCUCUAAAAUCAUAGUUUUCCAGUGGCCUUUACAGAAAGCUGGUCCUCAGCACUAACAGAAUCACUACAGUAGCCUAGUGCUUUUUUUGGAAGCCUUAGGGAAGGUUGAUGGGUUUGUGGUAACUAGAGUGCUCUUGGAGAUACACAAGGAUUUGAGGGGAUGAGGAAUGUUACUCAUGGUCUGAAUCAAAAGAUUUUUUUCUUCUGUGAAUUUUUUUCUUUUUGUCCUCACCAUUUAUGUGCAUUAAUCUCCCUGCUGUCCUAAUUCCAGCCCCUUGUUUUGAUUGUGGUUUUGGUUUUGUCAUUGGUUAUUCCAGCUCUUGAUUAGUGGAAGACCAGACCCUGUCAUUCAUGAAGGACAAAAUUAAGAGUUCUAGAGUUUGGGUUUAGAGAAAACUGGUGUGUCAUAUUUCCCCCGUAGAAGGAACAAAGUUUGAAUAGACAAAAGCAAAGGUAAAAAAUCUGUGUGAUAAUGUCUUUGGCUGUCCCCAAAUUACCUAUUUUCCUUGGAGUAGGGAUUUUUAAUGCAUUGUGGAUUAUCACUGUCAUUGGGAGACGCAGAUUGUGUUUUUACAUGCUUAUACCUCUCGGAAGACUAAAACCCUAAUUGAGCAUUGAGCUCACUUUUUUGAGAAUUAGGAAUGCAAUUCCUCCCUGUGUGCUUCAGAAUCUGCCAUUGAAGACCUGGCCAGUUACCAGAAAUACAUGAUGACUGUUGGGAAAAUUAAGAGUCUGAGAACAAAAUAAGGAACAGCUUGUUUUUCACAAACACUAAAGCUAUGGAGUUUAUCAAAUUUUCUCUGCUUAAUUUUUUUUCCCCAAAAAAUGUCAUCUCUGAAAGACGCUUACUGUACACCCACCAAUGUCACUGGUUGGGAUGCCAGGGAGGAGGGCAAAGACACCUACAGGAACAAUAUUAAACACAUUAUUGUUUCCUCUAAAGUGUUGCAGACUUUGCCAUCCUUCCCAUAUCAGGGGAGAGAAGGCAUGAAGAUAGACUUUCCUGCCCCACAGAGUUUGACUUUGCCGCAUUGAUUUGAAAUGUGCAUUGACUCUGGUGCAUUGGUACACAGAUUUGGAAAUAGUGUAAGAGCAAUUAUAAAUGGGACUGCAGCAGAGUUGCUCUACAUGAUACUGUUUCUCUCCCUAAUAUCUGUAUCCUACACUUAGCCUUUGCUUUUCACAUUUAGACUGAUUUCAUUUAGAGUGGUUACUCAUCAAAUAUAGCCACCCACAGAAAAGCAGACUGCAUUGUAAACAUCUCUUCUUUCUGGGACGGGGAGAAAUAUGUUCUUUUCUGUACCUCACUCCCCUCCCCACGAAAGCAACUAGUUAUAAUAAUUAGAAACUUCCUGUCCUCUCAUUUGGGGGAGGGGGCGUAAAGGGGACUUGGGUCAUCUUCAUAGCUACCGUUUGCUGACAAUAAAUUAUUGUAGCGGUUUGCAAUAAAUUUUAAAAUAUUUUUCAUGAACUUUAUUUUUUUUCUUUUGAGAACAAGUGCUAGCAUAGUAAAAGUCUAUAUGAGCAAACUAAGCACCAUUACCAAUUCCUUUAUUCCCAUGCCACUCAUUUAAUUGUCCUUUAAAGAGUCCUUUUAAUCUUAAAAAUUGAUAGAUAUUUCAUAAUCAUAUCUUAUUAUCUUUUAAAUAACUAGUCAUACCUCCAUUUUCAAUUGGCAAUUCCAAAUUUUAUGGAUAUAGUUGUGUGUGAUAAUCAUUCGGUAUUUCUGGGAGUUGUGCAUACUCCUUGCUGGCAUAUUUUUGCAUAAUUAGACCCUUACACAUUUUACAGGGUUUAGUCGGACACUGGCUGGGAGUCCUGGGAAUGAGCACAGAAAACAUCGUCAUAGAGCACUUGGACCUCCCUCGCACCUGUUCGGAGGAAGAUUGUGAACUCUACCACCAACCUAAGUGAGGUCUUACAGCCUUGCUACAA